AACGCUAAAAUUCCAAACCGGAAAGCGAGUGAUUCCCGAGUGAUUCAUCUCAAACACACACGAUCUUCGUUGCAACUCCAGCAGGCAACUCUGAGGCUGAAAACAAGAUACCUUCCUUUGGAGCUGGGCACACAGGAGGGAAGGGGAGAGCUUUACCCUGUUCUCCCUGGCCAGCCCUCAAGAAAGCGGCUAGCCAUGGAUGACAACUCCUCACUGGGCAAAGUCAGCAGCUCCACUGAGUCCGUGGCCACCGUCACUAGUGAGGAGUUUGUUCUGGUGCAGUCCAGCUCUGCAGGCUCACCGCAGGGCUCUGAGGGAAAACCAAGACUCAAGAUGUCUUGGAAUGGGAGUGAACAGCUGGAAAAAGCUAUGGAGGAGGUGUUGGAUGACGAUGAUGAAGUGAAGGUGGAGAAGAGCAAUGUGGAAAAGAUGGAGAAGCACAAGGAACCAGAGAGUCGAGUCCUACAGACCCAGCCUGCAGAAGCAUGUCCACCACCACAAAGCCCAACGGUCCUGGAGGAGGACAGUGUGCAGUUCAACAAGCUGUCCUACCUGGGUUGCACCUGGGUCAAAGCCCCUCGUAAUGAGGCGGAGGCACAGAGGGCCAUGGCCACCCUGCGAGCCGAAAGCGCCAUCCCCAUCCCCAUCACGCUGCAUGUCCCCUGUGGUCCUGAGGGCUCUGUCAGGAUUGUGGACCAGGCUACAGGCACAGAGAUUGCCUCCUUCCCGAUCUACAAGGUGCUGUUCUGUGCUCGAGGUCAAGAGGGCUCGGUGGAAAGUGACUGUUUUUCCUUCACCGAGAGUUACCGAAGCUCGGAGGACUUCCAGAUUCAUGUUUUCUCCUGCCACAUCAAGGAAGCUGUCAGUCGUAUCUUGUACAGCUUCUCUACGGCCUUUCGGCGUUCUUCACGACCAGCAGACAUCAGGGACACGACGCUGUCCAGUCCACCUGACGGUGAUCUCUAUACCUUCACUGUUACAUUGGAGAUCAAAGAGGAUGAUGGCAAAGGCAACUACAACCCCGUGCCGAAGGACAGAGAAAAGUUCUACUUCAAGCUGAGACAGUCUGUCCAAAAGAAGGUCGUGGUUUCAGUCCAACAGAUGUGUAACAAGGAGCUGGGCAUCGAGAGGUGUUUUGGGAUGCUGCUGAGUCCAGGACAGAAAGUCUGCAACAGUGACAUGCAUCUACUAGAGAUGGAAUCGAUGGGGAAGAGCUCUGACGGGAAGGCCUACGUUAUCACAGGAACUUGGAACCCCAACAUGGCGGCCUUCCAACCACUGAAUGAAGACACGCCUAAAGAUAAACAGAUCUUUAUGACGGUGGCGGUGGACCUGGUGGUGACCGAAGUGGUGGAGCCAGUUCGCUUCCUGUUGGAAACUGUAGUCAGGGUCUAUCCGUCAAACGAGCGCUUCUGGUACUUCAGCCGCAAGACCUUCAGUGAGACCUUCUACCUCAGACUCCGACAGGUGGUGGAGAGCGGCAGCGGCGCUGGAGUGAAUGAACGGACCAGAAAUAAACAUCAGCUGCUUAUGACACCGAAGGCACCAGAGAGAGGGGGUCAGAGCGACGCUAUGUACGAGGUGGUGAGUCUCCAGAGGGAGAUGGAAAGAAGCAAUGAAGAAAAAGGACGCCUGGCCUCGCCCACUGAGGAAGAGGAGGCAGAUGAAGAUAGCGACAGUGAAAUUUCCAGUGGAACCGGCGACGUUUCCAAAGACUGUCCUGAGAAAAUCCUCGAGUCCUGGGGAGGAAUCCUCAAUAGAUGGCACGGGAACCUGUCCACUCGGCCAAAAGGUUUGUCCUCAUUGGUCCGCAGCGGCAUUCCUGAGCCACUCAGAGCUGAAGUCUGGCAGCUGCUGGCUGGUUGCCACGACAACCAUGACCUGCUUGAGCACUACCGCAUCCUCAUCACCAAGGACUCUGCACAGGAAAGUGUCAUCACCCGUGACAUCCACCGCACUUUUCCUGCACACGACUACUUCAAAGACUCUGAUGGAGACGGACAGGACUCACUGUACAAGAUCUGCAAGGCCUACUCGGUCUACGAUGAGGAAAUUGGUUACUGCCAGGGUCAGUCGUUCCUCGCUGCUGUUCUCCUCUUACAUAUGCCCGAGGAGCAGGCCUUUUGUGUUUUGGUAAAAAUCAUGUAUGAAUAUGGCCUGAGAGCUCUCUACAAGAACAACUUUGAAGAUCUUCACUGCAAGUUCUACCAAUUGGAGAGGCUGAUGCAGGAACAACUUCCAGAUCUGUGGUCCCACUUCCAAAACCUGAACCUGGAGGCACACAUGUACGCCUCCCAGUGGUUCCUAACACUCUUCACCGCCAAAUUCCCCCUGUGCAUGGUUUUUCACAUCACUGACCUGCUGCUCUGCGAGGGUCUGAACAUCAUCUUCAAUGUAGCCCUCGCCCUGCUCAAGACGUCUAAAGAGGACCUGUUGCAGGCAGACUUCGAGGGGGCUCUCAAGUUUUUCAGAGUCCAGCUCCCCAAACGAUACAGAGCUGCAGAGAACGCCCGAAGGCUUAUGGAGCAGGCCUGCAACAUCAAGGUCCCGACCAAAAAGCUGAAGAAGUUUGAGAAGGAAUAUCAGACUCUGAGAGAGAGCCAGCUGCAACAAGAAGACCCCAUCGAACGAUACCAGCGGGAGAACCGUCGCCUUCAGGAGGCCAGCAUGCGACUUGAACAGGAGAACGAUGACCUGGCACACGAACUGGUCACCAGUAAAAUCGCCCUUCGGAAUGACCUUGACCAGGCAGAAGACAAGGCCGAUGUUCUGAACAAAGAGUUGCUGACCACCAAGCAACGUCUGGUGGAGACGGAGGAGGAGAAGAAACGACACGAGGAGGAGACGGCUCAGCUGAAGGAGGUGUUCAGGAGGGAGCUGGAAAAAGCAGAGCUGGAAAUCAAGAAAACCUCAGCAAUCAUAGCUGAAUACAAACAGAUCUGCUCCCAGCUGAGCACCAGGCUGGAAAAACAACAGGCGGCAACAAAAGAGGAGCUGGACAUCGUCAGGAACAAAGUGAUGGGCUGUCAGAACUGCAGGGGCCUGUUUAGCACACUCGGGUCCCUCCAGACUUCGUCUCCUGGCGGUGACAAGACGUCUUCGGAGCCACACGACGAGGAGAAGGACGGACUGAAGGAGCAGCUGAGACAGCUGGAGCUGGAGCUGGCACAGACCAAACUACAGCUGGUGGAGGCAAAGUGCCGCAUUCAGGAGCUCGAGCAUCAGCGGGGAGUUUUGAUGACUGAGAUUCAAGCCAAUAAGAACUCUUGGUUCAGCAAGACUCUCGGGUCCCUGAAGAGCUCUGCAUCCUCUUCCUCCAGCUCCACAUCCCAGACCCCGUCCUCUCCGAAGGAAGGCACUGCCUAGACCAAGCUCCCUCGCCCUCCCUCGCCCCUGCAGGAUGCACACUAGAGCUGAGGAACACAAGUUGAAGAAGCAAGAAGCGCAAAAAUGCAGUAUUCCUUUUCCAUUAGGCGGAAACACGGAGCUUCCUGGACCGAAAAUAGCCAAAAACUGUGGGAAGAACCAGGCGGGGGGACUGAAUGGACCAUCUGCCUGAGUUUGAGGGAAAUAUUAACCUUGUCCACUUCACAGUGGAUCAGAGCAGACGGGCGAAGAAGUUCAGUGCUGAACCCUAGUUUGGUCUCUUCGCUCCACCUUGUGGCCAGAUGUCGCUAUUGCAGCAAUGUUGUGUGAAGUUUUCUGGUAGCUUGAAAGUAAACCCGAGUUCAGCACCUGUGUUUCGAUCACAGGGGUCUUAUACGUUUAAUCCUCAGUGCAGAAAUAUCCGCACGCGCUCUGAGAAAGGAAUACUGCAUACAAAUGAGAAUAAUACGAAACUUGUGUUUCUUUAUAUUAAUGUAACGUAAACAAUGUUGUCUUAUAAAUAUGUAUAACUGAUUAGUAAUUUUUUUUUAAUAAUCUUGUACAGCAAAAACACACGAGGCAAAGUUCUUAAAUUUCUUUUCUACUCUUUGGAAAUUGAAUGUCAUCUCUUUAGAUGUUGAGGUAAGCACAGUGUGUGAUCGAUGUGGUGGAGUCCAAACGCUGAAGGGCCAAAGUGACAGCCACCAGUUUCUGUUUCCCCCUCUAACUCUAAUGUUUUUAUAGUCAUGACUUUGUAAUCUUUUCUGUUUUUAAUUUCUAAAUCGAGUUUUAUUUUCUCCUGUUUGCAGAUAAAGGCUUUUUUUUCUUCUUCUUAGAUAUCUCUGGUCGUGACAGGAGUGGCCUCUAAUUCUCAGUUAUUUUAUAAAUAUAAAACUGAUAAUACGACGUGUUUGAGACAUAUUAGUUGCAUGUUUUUAGCUUUGUUCAUCUCCUUGUUUUUAGCUGGAGAUGUCACAGGCUGCGUUCUUCUUAUGAAAAUCUAUAACCUCGAACAUUAAUAAGUAGGAUUAAUGCAUACUUAUUGCAGUAUUGCUCCACUACUGUUAAAUAGACCAGUUGCACAAAGGUGCCAACGCCCUCUUCGUCCUUUGUUGUGGGAACAUUAUUUUUACACAAUAUCGUCUCCAUGUUGAUCCUUUAGUCCAUAAAUGAGUGUUGGCUCUGAGCCGUUCACUUAUGUUUAAAUACAGUCACGUGGGUCUACUUUAUGAGACCAACAGCAGAUGGCGCCAAAUUCAAACAAGCUGCUUUUUUGAUUUCAGAGGAGAGAAAUAAAAAUUGUUGGAAAAUUAGCCAAAAUAAAACGUUCCGUUUUGCGUGUUGGUGCUCGUUUAGCAGAUAUAAGCUGCAGUGCGGUGCCAACUCCCCUGCUUUACUCUUUGGUUGACACUAACAUCAGCCUUUGGACUCGGACCAAUGCCACGUGUACUUUAUGUGUGUGCGUGUGAAUGUGUGUGUGUUCUGCACUGUUAUUCAAGUGGUUCAAGUUGAUGUUCCUCGUUCACGUGGCUGCCUUUUCUGUUAAUGACUGAAGCGAUCGACUGUUUGAACUGUCGGAGAGCGUCAGCUGUGCCAUAAGAGCCUCUCCUCUGCUCCUUUCUUGUAGUCGUCCUAACCAUCUCUGCCCAUACAGAACAACCAUGUCAUUUGACUUUUUGCUGGACAUCAUUUUCAGCUCCACAUUUCACACAUUUCCUCCAGGAGCCUCACGAAUCGAGGGCCGUCCUGUCGCUGGAGGGCUAGUCGGCGUUUCAGCUGGAGGGAAUGCUUCAAUAUCAUGGAACGGGAGAAAACAGAAGCCGACUGAUCAUCACUGAAUUCCAGGUGUUUUGCAUUUCCAGGACAUUCCUCUUCACUGCGUCAUUCUUGUUGUACAAAGCAGUUCAAUGUCGGAGAGAGCUCCCCGUCUAUUAUGUGCACUAAUGCAACACUGAUAUUUGAAACACUAUUUCAACGUGUGUUUGUUUGAAAGUUACUUUGUAGCUGAUGAUUAUUGAUGCUGAGAGGACAGCCGGCAGUUUCUAACCUCCUCUAAACUCUGUUCAUUUUAAUGUUGCACAAGCAGGCGCUGAGUCGGGUUACAGGUGUGUAGUUUACAGGUGGCUGUGACGCCACAGUCCUGUUACACUGGGAGGGAGGGACUGCUCGUCUGCUGGUCCGACUCAAACGCCGUUUGCUGUACAGUAACUGUCUGAGCUGCAUUAAUAAAUAUCAGUUUUUCUCUUU